ACCAUCCCACUCGAUGACAGCAUCGAGGAGACCUCUGAAUAUAAUGGCCGAAGGUAUCAAAGAUACUCUUUGGAGAACAAUACCUAUUUCGCGCCCAUCGACGAGGGGGAGAUUGCACGAUUAGAGGUGGCCAACAGAGUCUUCCAGCAGUCUUUUGACAAUAGACUGAUAUUUCCUCCGGUAACAUCGCCUGAUCAUGUCCUAGACCUUGGUUGCGGUGGUGGAGACUGGGCCAUCGAGGUCGCCGAGCAGUUCCCAGACGCCGAGCUCUCAAAGGUCCUAGGAAUCGACAUCAGCCCCCACAUGCUGCCAGAAUACCCCCCAGCCAACCUCGAACUCCAGGUCGAUGACCUCAACAGCAGGUUCACGUUUCGAUCCGACCAAUUCGACAUUGUCCACAGCCAAAUGGUGUCGGGUGGGAUACACGCCGACCGGUGGACUAGCUAUAUCAGAGAUAUUUUUCGAGUACUCCGACCGGGCGGGUGGUGUCAGAUGGUGGAGAUAUACUUUAACGCACAGUCGGACAACGGGAUGUUGACCAGAGGCGAGUGGGGAAGUCUGCGUGCCGCCAAAAGGGGCUUCUGCUGA